AUGAUGGGCCUUGUAUCUGGUCGCCGUAGGGCUACAUCUACUACCAGUAGUAGAUCUUCUGGUGAUGCCAACCAGGAUGUCGCCGAGGACGAUACCACCGUUGUUGAGCCCGACCAGGGGAACGUCCUGUCGCACAUCAUCUCGCAGCUCAGACCCGGCGCCGAUCUUAGCAGAGUCGUCUUGCCAACCUUCAUCCUCGAACCGCGCAGCAUGUUGGAACGGAUAACAAAUUUCAUGUGCCAUCCCGAGAUGCUCCUACCCAUUCCCGAAAUCGACGACCCGGUACAGAGAUUCGUGGCUGUAGUUAAGUUCUACCUAAGUGGCUGGCAUAUCCGCCCUCCAGGAGUCAAGAAACCACUGAACCCCGUCCUUGGUGAGAUUUUCACCUGCUACUGGGACUUCCCCGACAAGACGCGAGGCUACUACGUCUCCGAGCAAACAUCACACCACCCUCCCAAGUCGAGUUACUUCUACAUGGUUCCGGGCCAUAACAUCAGGGUUGAUGGCACACUCAAGCCCCGAAGCAAGUUCCUGGGCAACUCUGCCGCGAGUAUGAUGGAGGGUAUCGCAAUCUUGAGUCUUCUGAAUCGAGGCAAGGAUCCUCAGAGGGGAGAGCGAUAUAUUAUCACUCAGCCCAACAUGUACGCAAGAGGAAUAUUGUUUGGCAAGAUGAAAUAUGAGUUGGGAGACCACAGUUAUGUGCGCUGCCCCGAACUCGACCUUGUGGCCGAUGUCGAGUUCAAGACGAAGGGCUGGGUCAGCGGUACCUACAAUGCCAUUGGUGGAACCAUUCGGAGGGAAAGUACCGGCGAGAUUCUCUACGAGCUGUCGGGUCUAUGGAGCGAAGAGAUGUACCUGCGAGAUGUAAAGACUGGGCACAAAGAGAUGUUCUUCAACGCUUUGCGCGCAAAGGCUAGCCCUCCGAUUGCACGCCCGAUCGAAGAGCAAGAAGAACGGGAAUCACAGAAGCUUUGGGCUGCGACAGCCAAGGCGGUCAAGGAACGAAACCACGAACUGGCCACCAUUGAGAAGACCAAAAUCGAAGACCAACAGCGCGAGGAGGCCGCCAAGCGGAUUAAUGACGGCGUGGAAUGGCAUCCGCGCCUUUUCCGGAUGGUUAGGGGAGGCCCUGGCGGCUCUGAGGAGGGCGAAGAGGAUCUCGAGUGGAUCAUCAACGCAACAAUAGACGGAGAUACACCAGAGAAGCAGGCUGAGCAGAUCAUGGCGAUUUAUCCCAUUGUGAAAGGCCAGCGGUUCGUCGAAAAGAAUCCCAUCCCCCCUCGAUCUCCCAUAGCGAGUCCCAGUAAAGAGGCUCAUUCUCCCGUCAUAACGGCAGACCACGAAAAGCUGGAUCACGAAGAAGCUGGUGCGGAAAAGGAGCCGGUAGACACAGCGCCAAAGGUGCACCCGCCAUUGGAUCCUUCCCAUGAAAGCACCACGGAGAUCCAAACGCUUCUUGUCGCUACGGGUACCGUCGCUAAAGAGGGACCUCUGAUCGAUUUCCACGAAGACAUGGCAAAGGACUUGCCGGCUAUCAAGAAGGUCGACACGGGCGACUCGCAUGACGAGUUUGUGGAUGCGCAAAAUUAA